ACCAGCCCAACUCCUAUGGCACCAUCCCGCGCUACCGUGCACCGACUCGACUUCACGAGGCUGACACCAAGCACGCAGAAUGAUGACGAGUUUUGCGUGAACAUCAUAUUCAUCCACGGCUUGCGAGGCCAUCCUCGACGAACGUGGGAGGGAAAUAUAAAACCAAGUAGUAUCGGCAGCGAUGCUACCAAGAAGUCCAAGAGUCUCCAGAUACGGUCCUUUUUCCGACGAGAACAGGCUAGAUCUCCUGCACCAGAGAUAUCACAAGCCCAGGACCCUCCCUCAACCCCUACUUCGUCAUCGCCGUCUAGCAUAUUUUGGCCAGAAGAGUAUCUCGUCCCGGACAUCCCCCGUGCCUGCAUAUGGACGUACGGGUACAACGCAGACGUCAUUGGCGGUAUCUUCAAAGCCAAUAACCAGAAUAGUAUCUCACAGCAUGGUCAAGAUUUGUCAGUUAGACUGGAGCGAGAGAUUUGCAAUGAGAAACCAAUUUUAUUCGUAGUACACAGUCUUGGUGGAAUCAUACUCAAAGACGCCAUCCGCCGAUCGGAGACUAUGCGGGAGCGAACAAGAUUCAUCGUCUUUCUUGGGACGCCGCACCGGGGCAGCGGGUGUGCAGACUGGGGUCAGAUUGCAUCGAGUCUUGCCCGUGUAGCCAUGCAAGACUCAAACAAGAAGAUUCUUGAGACACUUGAAGUAAAUAACGAAGUUUUGGAUAACAUCCAUGAAGACUUCAAGCAGAUCGCGUCCAAAGGCAAAUUCAAGGUUCAUUCCUUCCAGGAAGCACGAGGCGUUACAGGCGUGCGUGGAUUGGAAGGAAAGGUGGUGGACAACUUCUCUUCCAAGCUCGACCUUCCGCGAGAAUUUGAGACUGUCGAGAGCAUCGAUGCGAACCACAUGCAAAUGGCUCGGUGUGCCAGUAGAGAUGAUCAAGUAUAUCGCGCCGUCUGUGGUGUUUUGAAAGCAUACGUGAAACAAGAACUGAAGAACCAGCAGACGCCUUCCGCUUCUGAAGGUACUGCUACGGGACUGACAGAUGCUACCUCUUUGUUCAUGGUGCCUUUUUCCAAAGAUAACUUCUUCAUUGGACGAGAAGACAUCAUCAACAAGAUCAAAGAGCGCAGAAAAGCUGCACCUUCACACACGCGCACAGCUCUCUUUGGUCUUGGGGGCGUGGGGUCAUCACAGAUUGCGAUCGAGUACGCAUAUCGAGCCAGCAAGGAAACACCUCACAUGGUGGUCAUGUGGAUACACGCAAGUAGCCCCGAAAGGUUCCAACAGGGAUACAAAAGAAUUGCCGAAAGGCUUCAGCUGCCUGGAUGGAACGAUCCCAAAAAGAAUGUACUACAGCUCGUAUAUGAGUGGUUGGCGGACAGUCAAAAUGGGCAAUGGCUAAUGAUAUUGGAUAACGUUGACGAAACUAACAUCUUCUUCAGCGAUAAUCAGGACAGUGAUUCGCUUGAGAGCUAUCUUCCGCAAGUGACACAUGGAUCAAUCCUGAUCACGUCGAGAAACAAGAUUGCAGCAAAAGGUCUUGUUGGCGAGCACACUGGUAUCAUUGAGGUAGAACCGAUGAGCGAGGAAGAGGCGGUAGAACUACUUCACACCAAGGUGUCACCUAUAGAUUCAGAUCCAGCAGAUGCCAAGGCGCUCGUUCAUGCAUUGGAGUACAUUCCGCUAGCCAUCACACACGCCGCGGCAUAUAUCCAAACACUAGGAGAAACAUUCACGAUAGGCAACUAUCUAGAUCUCUUUCGCGAAAGCGAAACCAAUCAGGUGCACUUGCUAAGCAAAGACGAGUUGAAGGACAUUCGGCGCGAUCCAAGCAUACGGCAGGCAGUGAUAGCGACAUGGCAGAUCUCAUUUGAACACAUCCGAAAAACGAAACGAUCCGCAGCGGACCUACUUGCACUCAUGAGCAUGUUCCACAAGCAAGGCAUCCCACGAAAAUUAGUGCAAGGUACGACGAGCGAACUGGAAUUCAACGAUGCUCUGGCGCCACUGAUCGGCUUCUCUUUCGUGAGGGUUGAAGUCGGGCAGCAGUUAGUGACGAUGCAUCGCUUGGUGCAGCUGUCGAUGAGACGAUGGUUAGAGAAAGAGAAGGAGAUUGAUAAAUGGGUUAAGGAGUCGACACAAGCUAUGGAUAUGGUUUUUCCAAGUGGGGAUUACGGGACAUGGCAGGAGUGUCGAGUGCUGCUGCCGCACUUCAAAGAAAACACAAGCCAUGCCACGACUGACGAAGACGUGCUAAAUAUGCGAGAAAACAUCAUUCGGGGAGUUACGGCAUACUGUGUGACUAUGGGAGAAUGUCAAAUUAUAGAGGAGACAUGCCGAUCGUUGUUGAAGAGCCUAGAGAGUUUUUGUGGGAACGAGCAUCGAGCCGCGAUUGGUUGUACCAAUAGCCUUGCAGCAGUGUUAGAGGAACAGGGAAAGCUCAAAGAGGCAGAAGAAAUGCAUCGGCGAGCGCUGCAAGGAUGUGAGAAGAUAUUAGGGCAUAAGCACCCUGAGACGCUUGAUAGCUUGAAUAACCUUGCAGUAAUGUUGUUGAAACGGGGAAAGUUAGAAGAGGCUGAAGAGAUGCUUCAAGAGACGCUACGAGGACGUGAGAAGAUAUUUGGGCGUGAGCACCCUGAGACGCUUGAUAGCUUAGAUAGUCUUGCAAUAGUGCUAUCAAAACGGGGAAAGUUAGAAGAGGCGGAAGAAAUUCUUCAAGAGACGCUACGAGGACGUGAGAAGAUAUUAGGGCACGAACACCUAAAUACACUGACCAGCCUUUACUAUCUAGCGGUUUCUAUUCAUAUGCAGAAGCGCUACUCUGAUGCGCUUGCGCUGUACCAAGAAGCGCAUGAUGGGUUUUCAAAAGUGCUUGGAGCGCAGGAUCCGAAGACUCGAGACUGUUUGUUGCUUCUUGAGCUCGCUCGAAAAUGUAAAGACAUAUAUUCAUGUCUGCAGUGCAGUGCUAUUCACCAAAAAAAAAGAUUCAUAAAUAGAGAAAAAAAGAGAAUUUCCUUGUUGGAAUUGAAUUAG